AUCUUUAAGGAAUGGUUGCUGAAGGUAUUUUAGUUUGAAUCUAGAAGCGUAGCGGAUAACAUAGACUUUUUACUCCAAAUAUGGAUUUACUAAGUUCAGAGGAAUGCCUUCUGAUAGCUCAGAGAACUCUUUCAGUUGUCGAAGAACACAAUGUGAUACUUAUAAACUCACAGGUGGAUGCAGGCUCCAAGGAUCUCAUGGGAUAUAUGGGAGAAUACUACAAAUUGCAUUUGGAAGCGGAGGUUAAAGGUGACAAGAAAAAAUAUUUCUUUAACUAUUUUAUUAAAAGCCUGCCCCGCAAAAAUGAGCCACAAAGAGAGGAAUGCGAACGCAAGGGAGUUUUUCAAAAGGAGUCUGCUCUAUAUAGCCAGUUAUUACCUAAGAUUCAAAAAUAUGCCACUAAGAAGCUUUAUCCAAAAUGUUACUACAGUCGGAAUGAUAUCCUAGUGUUAGAAGAUCUUACCCAGGACUACAGACAUCUUAGAGCCAAUGAAUACUAUACCUUAGAUCAUUAUAAGCUCGUUUUGGAACACCUAUCUGAAUUACAUGCAGCUAGUAUCGCUUGGGAAGAAAAGGAAAAUGUAAAGAUUUACGAAAGUUACAAACAUGUGCUUAUUGAGUUACAUCUGGAUGCAAAUAACUCGUGGUACAUAACUGGACUUAAGGCAAUCCUUUUUUUAGCGGCACGUAAUGCGCAUUUUCAAACAAUGAAAGCUCAGCUCUUUAUUCAAGAUAAACUCUACAAUCUUCUAACCAAAGUUGAAGAACUGGUCGUUCACUCGAAGACUAUAAGAAAUGUACUCUGCCAUCGGGACACUUGGGAUCGUAAUAUUCUGUACCAUUUCAACAACAAAUCUUCAGUAUUACCCAAUGCCUGCUGCAUUGUUGAUUUUCAACUCACCCAGUACUGUUCUCCCACCUUAGAUGUUUUAUUCCUACUCUACAUUGUAGCCCCCGCUGAAGUCAGAAGGGCGAUUUAUGAUGAGUGUCUCGAGCACUAUUAUAAGAAUUUACAGCAUCACCUGGGUCGUCUGGGCUUGGACAAGAAUCAAGAAUCCCUUGUUAUUUGGGCUCUCACCGAACCUCAGACCAAAAUGUCACCCUGUAUUUCAAAUAGAUUACGAUCCGAAGAACCGGAGAAGUUUGACUAUUACCUCAACUGCGAUCGGAGUGAAUUAUUACUGGUAAUCGAGAUUCAACCUGGUUACGAGGAGACCAUUAUGACGCCUAUCAGGGAACUGGUGGAUUACCUCAUGGAGAAUGAGAAUUUAUAUACUUAGAUGGUAGAUAACAUUCUAUGCAGAUCAUUGCUAAUUCCAAAAAGCCACGAAACUCAUACAAUGUAAAAUAAUGUAAGGAUUGAUUAUGCAUUUUCGUUUUGAAAAAUUUCAUUUAUUCUGAACUUAGUUGUACAGAGAAUCGCCUAGCUAGAUAUUUGUAAAUACAUAAGUAAAUUUCGACAAUCAA